AUGGGUUUGCAAUUCAAUGCGCCCCUUUCGCAGGCCAUCAAAGAGUCCAAACUGAAAGCUCGCAAGUGCUCCGAGUUUUUACAACCAUUUAAACAAAGACCUCAAACAAGUGCAUCAUUAGCGCGAAGAUUAGUCACUCAAUCACUGGGUUUAAGGGAUAGGAUUACUCCCGAACAGAGGGCUGCGGAGAGGAAGAAGUUGAACGAAGCCAAGGGUGCUCAGUACAGAUCUGGCAAUCUUUCUGAGUGGUCAGAACAGGAACGGGAGUUAUGGGCACUUCAACCUAUGGGCCCAAUGGAUGAACACCUCUACCAGUGUUGCAUCAACUUGACUGUCAAUUGCCAUCAAAUGAAUGGUUUAGUGAAGAACAGGAGGAAGAAGGGACGCAAGUGUUGGACUUUGGAGACACUUCCCACUGACAUAUUGUACAUAAUCUUCAGUUACUGUGAUGUCAAAAGUUUGGUGUCUUUGAGUUGUUGUUCACAAAAGUUGUUUCAAAUCGUCGCAAAUGACUCAUACGUUUGGCUGAACAAGAGUUUGUGGUCUUUGGUCACUAACCAGACAUCACAUCACAUGAUAUGUAGGUCUUCACGACUUCUCACACCACGAGAGAAGUGUCUGACGUCUGAGAACUGGAGGGAUGGCGUCUAUAGCGAGAGGACAGUUGUGAGACAUAAAUGCAGAUUUAUGCCAUGGAUUUGCUUACAAAAGGAUUUCUUGUGGUUCACAAAAGGAAACUUAAUUCACAGAUACAAGAGAAACCCGAAAAGCGGAUCCGUUUACAAGCAUUUGCUUAAAGUGUAUAAAACGGGUGAAGAUAUCUGUCGUUUCGUAGUCAACGAUGACUUUGUGGUGUCCGGCGGUUGGAAGGGAUCGAUAGCUGUUUGGCGUAAAUCCUGUGAUAAACCAGUUAUGAGUCGAAAUCAGUUGCACUCAAAUGAUAUCAAUUCAAUAGACAUUUCUAAAAACAAAUUAAUCACCGGAUCUAAAGACAAAUUGGUUAAGAUUUGUUCGCUUUUCAAUGAUAAUGUUAACGCGGAUUCAGUUCUAAGAGUCGACAAAAUAAUUGAAGUCAACGAUAGGGUAUUGAAUGUGGCUAUCGAUGAGUUGGGCACUAGUUUUAUAGUGGGUUCGGCCGGUUGUGGACCUCUGCAACCACUACUUCUAUAUGACAUUCAAAGUGGUCAACUUUUGAGUCAAUUCGGAACUAAUCACAGAAGAGGAGCCGGAGUUUUGCACGGCUUCUGGGAAUCCAAUGACGAAGUGCUUAGUUGUGGUUACGAUAGCUUUGUUCGUUUGUGGGACAAGAGAUCUCCUCACAAAUGUGUCCUCAGUAUGGAAGACCCGCACGACUCAGCCGUGUACUGCAUAUCGUCGGAUCACUUCCGGACUGUAAUGUCGGGAACCGCCAGAUAUGGUCUGACGAGACUUUGGGACAAACGGAAGCCCACGGAAUGCACUCAAAUAUAUUACGUGGGAACCAAUAACAGUCCCGUUUACUCCAUGUCCUUUGACGCCCUGGUCGCGUGUGUAGCACUCGAAUCAUCCAUUAAUUUAUUGUCAUUUUAUUAAAUAAUUGAACAAAACUUAGAAAAUUAUUAAUAAUACAAACAUUU